AAUUAGUUCAGUCACGUUUGUGGUCACGUUGGCAGCAUUGCGAGUGGUAAUGCCCGCUAGGUCACGAGUGCGCUUUCCGAUUGCAUUUUAAAACACCUGUUUUCUCAGUUUUAUCACGGAUUAUUUGUGUGACACAUUUGUGAAAAGUGACCACAGCCCCACAAAACACCAUGAUAUCAGCCGUGAACGAAUUUCUAGACGAUCUCCGAGGAGGCAGGAUGACGGAAGCGCCAGUAGUGACGGUGGAGCAAGGACAGCUGCAGGGCAGGGUGGCGGCCAGUCCUUCCGGCAAGGCGUACUACAGUUUCCAGGGGAUACCGUAUGCCAAACCGCCCCUUGGCUCGCUGAGGUUUAAGGCGCCACAACCAGCGGAAUCCUGGGACGGAAUCCGCGACGCCACCUCCGAAGGCAACGUCAGCCCCCAAGUAGACCCCUUAAUACACAAAGGAUAUGUCGGCGACGAGAACUGCUUGUACCUUAACGUAUAUACCCCCAACCUAGAUGGUGCAUUCCUUCCUGUAAUGAUUUAUAUCCACGGUGGGGGAUUCAAGAACGGUUCUGGCAGUUCUAGUUUGUAUGGCGGAGAUUUCCUCGUCGAAAAGGACGUUGUGGUUGUCACAAUAAACUACAGACUCGGCGCGUUAGGUUUCCUCGCGCUUAACACUCCUGAAGUUCCAGGAAACGCUGGUCUGAAAGAUAUAGUCCAAGCUAUCAGAUGGGUGAAGGACAACAUACACAAUUUCGGGGGCAACUCCGGCAAUUUGACGCUGUUCGGUGAAAGCGCUGGUGGUAUGGCUACAUCGGUUUUAACAGCGAGUCCACUGACUAAAAAUCUGAUCAGCAAAGCUAUCAUACAGUCUGGAACUGCUCUCAGUAGCAUGGCGUAUCAGAAGAACCCGAUUGAGAACGCGCGGCAGUUGGUCAAAGCUUUAGGAAGCGACGCGGAAGACGUGGAUGAAAUCCUGGACUUCUUAACAGCAACUCCUGCUAAAGAAAUCGUGGAAGCUACUGAGAAGCUGUACCCCCUUGAGACUUUACUCGAAAGUGGUUCUCUCGGGUUUGGAAUUAUGGUCGAGAAGGAAUUCCCCGAUGUGGAAGCAGUAUUGACGGAAUCGUUCUACGAAUUACUGGUCUCUGGGAGAGUAGCUGAAAUACCUAUCAUGAUAGGUUCCACAACUCUCGAAUUUACGUUUGAGAGGACGUCUGACGAUUUACAGAUCUUCAUACCCCAAGAAUUGCACGUGGAAAGAAAUUCGGACGAAGCUUUGCAAAUUACGAACGAAAUCAAACGUUUGUAUUUCAAAGGCAGCCACACGGAUGUGGAAAGCUUGAAGGAAUAUUUCGAGCUGUUGUCAGACAAGUUGCUGAAUGUAGACACCCACAGAUACGUGAAGUACCUUGUCCAGGUGUCGAAGAAACCGAUUUACUAUUACAAGUUCGAUUACGUUGGGGAGUUGAAUUUGACGAAGAAGUUAUUGGCCAGUUUGGGGUUGAACCAUGCUGGGCAUACGGACGAUCUUGGAUAUUUGUUUUCCAACGACCUUCUGAAGGACGUGGAGCCUACUACUCAGGAUGUGAAGAUGAGAGAGAGAAUGCUGCGUCUUUGGACUAAUUUCGCCAAGUCUGGAAAUCCCACACCUGACGAGAACCAUUACAUCACCGUCACUUGGCUCCCUGUAACCCACGACAACCUCUACUUCAUCAACCUUGGCAAUGAGCUCUCCCUUGGCUCCAACCCCGAUAAAGAGAAGAUGGACUUCUGGGACAGUCUCUACACCAAGUAUUACAGAAUCUGGGAGCACCCCAAGACCAACACGGAAGAAGUCGUCCGCAAACACGAACCGAUUAUAGUGGCGGAGCAAAUACAGACCCCUGAGGCACCCCAGCAAGAAAUCAUAGUUGAAACUACAGUCGGAAGCGUGGAAGUGGUCGAUAACGUGAAAGAGGACACGCCAGAACCUGAGCCAGUGCCAGAAAUCGAGCCAACUCCAGUAAACUUCGUGGAAAUAGCCGAAGAAAUACCCGAGCCACAAGUCGAAACGGUGUCGAAUGCUCCAGCCGAAGUCAUUGAACCAGUGAAAGAGGCCCAGUUUAAUGGAAAUGGGAACGUAGCUAAGCCUAGAACGUCUAAUGAAAUAAAAAUGGUGCAAAACGCCAAUGGGGUUCCUAAAGACGUUAUAAGAGCCAAUGACCCACCCGAAGAUGACCUCCCCAAGAAUAUAGGCGUGAACAAGUUCGUCAAUUUCUUCGAAUCGCUCGGAGGUAAGAAGUAAGCCAUAAUUAGAUUAAGUAUCCAUUUAUUUAUUCCCUGGCAUUUAAAACAUUCCAUUUAUAGUUUUUUGGGACCAAAAAUAUUGAAUACAUAUCAAAUUCUAGUGUUUUGUUUAGGCGAUUUUAAAUUAUUGGUAUUUAAUACUGAAAGUUGGGUUGCAUUGGGUCGUAGAUGUUGGUACGAUAGGGCUCGAUUAUAUUACCUGAAACUAUACUUACCUAAUUUAUUAUUUCUUUAAUGAAGAAAAUCGUGGUAUACUUGCGUAUAUUAUUAUUAUCUUUUAAAUCUCACUUAUUGUAUAAAUUACAAUCACAGCAGUAAAACUGUCCAUAGGACUUUUUCUAUUUAUAUUCCUUCCUCUAUUGACACUUCUAGAUUUAUAUUUUUCAUUUUUAAAUUGACUAAACGUAUAUCAAACGUCACGACCAAUGUACUCGUAUACUUUAUGUGUAAGAUUCGUUUAUGUAAAAAUAUUGUGUAAAUAAUGAUUAUGUCUGAGUGCUAUAGAUUUUUUCAAGCAAUAUUAAUGUAGUAAAUUUGAAAAUUCUCUUAAAAAUAUUGUAUGUUUAAAUUAAUAUUAACUUUUAUGAAAACUAAGUCAGUAAUCUUGUAAAAUAAAAUUUUCAUUAAUACGAAACUUAAUUUUACAACUAGUUCAAAGUUAAAAUCUUUAAUAAUUCAAGUUUCGUGCUCAGCAUGAUACAAAUAAAGGUUGUUGUUCAUACACGCGAGCAUUCGCUAGUAAUGUUACAAUCCAAGACUUGAUAUGAGAGCUAUAUCAUUAUGAGAUGCGCGGUGUAACGCUCGGUUCGGCUCGCGGUGUAAUGCUCGAAUCUAAAACAUUACAUGCGAAUACUCUGUGUAGCGGCACCUUAAUAUUUAAAAUUUUAACAUUUGUGUUACAAAUUAAAUCAUACUGUCUAUUUUUUGGCUACUUUUUCCAGUUUUAUCUAAGAAAUGUAGAUAUGUGCCAAUUUCGAAAAUAGUUCUAAUUUUAUUCAUUAUUAUAUUAUUACUUGGUAAUAAUAGAAUUGUAUUUUUAUAUAAUUAUACUUGUGGAUUAAUUAAAUCAUGUUAAUUGA